GAGGGUGAGCGAGAGCAGGAGUUGCCAAAGCCACGCUAGCCUUGACCCUCACAACCAGGAAAAACCAUGAGUCUUGGUGAAGGUGCUCUGGCUGUGAUUGAAAACCCUGUGGCAGUCAGGCACUCUCUCCAGGAUGAGACGAUGAGAGUGGCUCAGGGGAAAGGAGGCCAGGACAGUCCUGGCUCCUGGCUCAGAGAGAUCGAGGCCCCACACACAGUCUUUCAUUCAGUAUCCAUAAACGUGUCCACUCAACGAGUGAUUAGAGUGUUGGCCGCUCUGUGCGCUCUUGGGCUACUUGGAGGUGUUGUUGUUGGUGUGUGGUUCAUUGUCAAACUUCUUUUAAGACCUACCUCAACUCAGAGUCCUACAGGGUUGGGGGAUACCAAAGAAACCUCCUUCUGCAACGUAUCAGAAGACACCUCUGUUACUGACCCCAGGAAAGUGUUUUACAGGAUAAGUGCAGAGAACUCUUUGCUAGAGAUUCAGCUGGAGAAGCUGCAGACCUGGCUGCCCGUGUGCUACGAGCGCUGGAACUCCUCACUGGGGACCCUUGUGUGUCGACAGCUGGGCUAUUUGAGAUUAACCAAGCACAAGGGGGUCAAUCUGACUGACAUCGGGCCAAAGUACAACGUUGGAUUUGUUCAAAUUACCUCAGAACAUCAAAGCAAUCUGGAAAGUUUAUGGCAGUUCAGGGGAAGCUGCAGCACAGGAAAGGUUAUAGCUCUGAAAUGUUUUGAGUGUGGGACGAGAGCAAAGUUAUCCAGGAUAAUAGGAGGGGUAGAGGCCACACUAGGCAGGUGGCCCUGGCAAGUGAGUCUCUACUACAGCAACCGUCACACCUGUGGAGGAUCCAUCAUCAACAGCCAGUGGAUCAUUACAGCUGCUCACUGUGUCCACAACUACAGGCUACCUCAAGUUUCCAGCUGGGUGGUCUAUGCUGGGAUUGUUACUCGCAAUUCAGCCAAACUGGCUCAGUAUACAGGCUAUGCUGUAGAGAAAAUCAUCUACAAUAAGAACUACAAUCACAGAAGCCACGACAAUGAUAUUGCACUGAUGAAACUAAGGACACCUUUGAAUUUUUCAGACACCAUCAGGCCAGUGUGUCUACCGCAGUAUGACCAUGAUCUUCCAGGAGGAACGCAGUGCUGGAUUUCUGGCUGGGGAUAUACACAACCUGAUGAUGUACAUAUUCCUGACACUCUUAAAGAGGCUCCAGUGCCCUUGAUAAGCACAAAAAAAUGCAACAGCUCCUGUAUGUACAAUGGGGAGAUCACUCCACGAAUGAUCUGUGCUGGUUAUACAGAGGGCAGAGUGGACGCCUGUCAGGGAGACAGUGGAGGCCCUCUUGUUUGCCAGGAUGAUAAUGUAUGGAGGCUGGUUGGAGUUGUUAGCUGGGGAACAGGCUGCGCAGAGCCCAAUCACCCAGGUGUAUACACCAAAGUGGCUGAGUUUUUAGGCUGGAUUUAUGAGAUGAUAGAGGUAGGUUGCAAUAAUGCCCUGCAGAUAUACUACACUACUAGUUUAUUCUUGGGGAUCAAAUAAACAUGACUUCUUUCCCUCCAUGCAGAGCUACUGAGAGACCGAGUGAAAUACUGCAGUCAAGGACCAUAACCUCAUAACCUAAGUUCUUUUUGCUGGAUAUUGUGGACAUUUAUCUCAAGCUUUAUUUUUAUAUUGUAAAACCUCAACUGCUCCAGUUUAAUAUUCCAUUUAGAUGUUUGUAAUAAACUGUGUUGUGUAACA